GAAGGCGACUUUAAAGGAGCCGGGCUGGAACGAAGGACGUUUUGGUGCCGCCGCCGCCGCCCGGGUGGGGAGGGGACGCACUGGUGGCAGGAAGCGAGCUGCGCCGGGGUCGUCGCGGAACCAGCUGGUGACCCUGCAGGAUGAACCACAAGAGCAAGAAGCGGAUCCGCGAGGCCAAGCGGAGUGCGCGGCCGGAGCUGAAGGACUCGCUGGACUGGAUCCGGCACAACUACUACGAGAGCUUCUCGCUGAACCCGGCGGCCGUGGCGGACAACGUGGAAAGGGCAGACGCCUUACAGUUGUCGGUGGUUGAAUUUGUGGAACGUUACGAAAGACCGUACAAGCCCGUGGUUCUGCUGAAUGCCCAAGAGGGCUGGUCCGCGCAGGAGAAAUGGACUCUGGAGCGUCUCAAAAGGAAAUACCGGAACCAGAAAUUCAAGUGUGGUGAGGAUAAUGACGGCUAUUCCGUGAAGAUGAAGAUGAAAUACUACAUCGAGUACAUGGAGAGCACCCGAGAUGACAGCCCCCUUUACAUCUUUGACAGCAGCUAUGGAGAACAUCCCAAAAGAAGAAAACUUUUGGAAGACUACAAGGUGCCCAAGUUCUUCACCGAUGACCUUUUCCAGUAUGCGGGGGAGAAGCGCAGGCCCCCUUACAGGUGGUUUGUGAUGGGGCCACCACGCUCUGGAACCGGAAUUCACAUCGACCCUCUGGGAACCAGUGCCUGGAAUGCCUUAGUUCAGGGCCACAAGCGCUGGUGCCUGUUCCCUACCAGCACGCCCAGGGAACUCAUCAAGGUGACCCGAGAAGAAGGAGGGAACCAGCAAGAUGAAGCUAUUACUUGGUUUAAUAUCAUCUAUCCCCGGACACAGCUUCCAACCUGGCCACCCGAAUUCAAACCCCUGGAAAUCUUACAAAAACCAGGAGAGACUGUCUUUGUACCAGGAGGCUGGUGGCACGUUGUCCUCAACCUUGACACCACCAUUGCCAUCACCCAGAAUUUUGCCAGCAGCACCAACUUCCCUGUUGUCUGGCACAAGACGGUAAGAGGGAGACCAAAGUUAUCAAGGAAAUGGUAUAGGAUCUUGAAGCAGGAGCACCCCGAGUUGGCGGUUCUGGCUGACUCCGUCGACCUGCAGGAGUCCACGGGGAUCGCCUCCGACAGCUCCAGCGACUCCUCCAGCUCCUCCAGCUCCAGCUCGUCCGACUCGGACUCAGAGUGCGAGUCCGGCUCUGAAGGCGAGGGGACGAUGCACCGCAGGAAGAAGAGGAGGACGUGCAGCACGGUGGGGAACGGGGACACCACCUCCCAGGACGACUGUGUGAGCAAGGAGCGCAGCUCCUCCAGGCUCAGGGACACUUGCGGAGGCCGUGCUCGCCCCUGAGCGGAAGCUCUCCCUGAAGUGGCCCCACGUGAGCUGUUGGCGCCACCCCCCCCCCCUCAGUUUUCCUGCCUACUGCUCCUACCUUCUCCUUUGUCUUUGAAUUUGGAUAAUCCUCUCUGGCCCAAGCUCCUGUCUCCGGUCAAAUGCUGGUUUCUCUGCUCACGGAGACUAGAUUGUCAAGACGUUAAAAAACUCUGCAUGCUUAGUGAAGCACUGAAGGCCUCCGUGAUGUCGGGCGAGAAGGUGCCGUGCUUCUCCCUUAAAACCAAGCUGGUCGACCGCCAGGCUGGAGGGUUGUGAUCCCUUGAAUGCCUUGUGGCAUCUGUUGCCUCGCUGGUGUUGGCGAGGGACUCCCGCCGUCCACGUGGCCGGCUGCACGCAAGCAGAGACGCCGAGAGGGGUGAGCGGUGAGUUCUGUGUGAAGCGAUUACGUGUAAGAAGGACCACGAGUGUGCCGCCUUCCCGUAUGCCGUCAUCCGUCCGAAAACGCAUUCGGUGGCGGUAACCCGGCCACUCACCGCUGCCUAGUGCUAUCUUAGGAUUCAUUCCUUUUUCUCCACGAUGAGAGAGGCUGUUAGAGUCCAGGGAUAAUUUUUUCAUCACAGAACUUAAAUUAUAAACAGGGCCAAGUUCUUAAAGAUAUGUCGCCAUCAUUCCCACCACGUGAUCCGUAAGUCAGAAGCUCUCACUCUGUAAGAGGGUUCACGAUAGUGUCCCCACUUCUUGGACCUGCAGACAUUAGGUGGGGAUCGUGUUACCUGCUGGGAAUAAAUGCAGAGGUGGUGCCUCUGGCCUUUAAGAUCUGUUUAGGCUUCUAACUAACUCUGGUUUAAGUACUUAGGGACUGCCCAGCAGGUUCCAUCUCCUACCCUGUCAGUUCACCUGCUUGCCUUCAUCUGUCCCUAAAUUCACCCUCAGAGGGGGUUGUUGAGGGCGUGCCCCCGUGAAAAGCAUUUUCUGGGCUGGAAUGAGGAAGGGAAGGGCACCAGCAGCUUGGGGCCGAGGAGCUUCACUGGUGCACAGGUGCGUGGGCAGGUGGCUGGAGUUGUACGGUGUUGUCUCUCAAAAUCCUCCCUUCAAGCGGGUGUGAUCAGGGGACUCCUGGGCGCUUCUUUGCCACAUGUUCCAUGUUCGAUAGACCAGUUAUCACUUCCUGACUCUCUGGGUCGGUCGUGUGGCUUUUGCUCUAGAAGCCUGGUCCCCUAUUUUGUCUUCGUCCAAUUUUCUGCAUUCUGAAAUGCCAACCAAAACACGCGUCUGGGUUGGAUGGAACGUCUGCUAAUUUCCUAGCAUCGCUCUACCUGCCACUCCCCCUCCCUGGCCCUCUGGCUCCAGUGUCUGUGGUUGUGAGCAGAUCCAAACCCCGAGAGAUUUUAUUCAUAUUUGAAUGGCAUUCCUCCUCGUUUUUAAAAAACUUUUCUUGACAUCUUCAAAAUGCUUUUUUCCUUUUUCCAGUGCUGCUACUGGGCUGUCACACUCACUCCCUUUCCUCUAAAAUCCACACCAACUGCGCCUCCCUCCACUUCAGUUUCAAGGAUGAAACCACCAAAGAGGUUUCUUGCCAGCAGGGGGCGUGGUGGGAUGCAUUUGCAGCAGCAGGGAUGGUAAAGUGGAAGUUUGGUUUGAGAGACUAGUCACCCGGUUUACUUCCCCAGAUGCCAAAGGUGAUUCCUGUUUGAAAAACAAUACCCAGGUAUAAGGGAUCCAGGCCGUCUGACAGGCCCGCAGUCACCUCUCCUGAAAGCGCCUGGGUAGCACAGAUUACGUUUGGGUCUCGCCACCCCACACGAAUGACGGUGGGACGCUCUUCCGUUGUCUCAGCCAGGCCCCCUUUUACUGUCACUGUGGGCCAGGCAAACACACCCCUGUGGAAGCAAAGCAGGGCCAAGGUGGGCAAACAGAAAGCAGUGGAGUGUGGCUGGGUGAUCACGGUGAGGUAGGAAGCAGGAACCAAGGGUCCAUCUGUUCUAAAGUUAACCUUUCUACCCACCCGGCGUGAGCUGCUCCUUUGAAUGGUGUCAACGAUAGUAAGGAGAAAGAUACAACGUUAAACUAUUUUUAGAGAUUAUUCUCUGAGACGACAGCAGAUCUUAAAACCAACAAGCUGGGUCCUGGAAGAAAGGAUCUGGACUAAUAACUACUGUAGAGGAAGAGUGGGGUGGGCGACACAAGAGCGGGGGACCCAGGACAUCGGGAGGGCUCCGGCUCUUUGGGGAUGAGGGAGGUACCAAAGGCGUUACCACAUCAGCCCGAGGUGGCCAGCGCUGCACACAGGUGCCUCUGGCGUCAGUAGUGCUGUUGCGUUGAGGGUGACGCCUUUGAGGGGAGAGCCACCAAAAGCAGGGACAUUAUUCACGUUUUGCUCACGCUUGCAGAUGCCCAUUUGUUAAUUAUUAAAACAGUCAACAAAUGUUUCAGCACCAGGCACUGUUCUAGGUGCUGUAGACGCCACAGUGACAAACCCAGCUCCCUGACCUCGUGGAGCUUCACAGACAGUGAACUUGGCUGUUGUUCAUGAGGGCCACGGGUCAGAGUGGGUAGAGCCAUGCACGUCCAUCUCCGUGACCAGAAGAGCAAGCUCAGUCCUCACUAAAUGCAAGUUUAUGAGAUCUUCAUAAAAUAACAAUUAUAAUUAUAGCUGUAUUUUUAACUUAGGACGCAGCUUCUUUGUGAAUCAGCUAAAGGUAUUUAAACAAAGGAUCAGCAAGAAGGUUGCUGGUGCAAGUGCUUAACACAUUUAUUAGAGUUUCCGCCUUGAUAUGCUUUAGGACUCCAGAAAAGAGUGUGGGGUGGAACGGGGGUUUUGCAGUAAAUGUUGUAAAAAGCACUGUCUAGGAAGUAGGCAUAUAAGCACGCAGCUGUAGGUUUCUUGAAUUGUAUGUAGCAUUUCCACAGAUAAGUUGUUCCUGCUACGUACUGGGUCCCGCUGAUGGUUCCGUGUGGAGUCUGGUUUCUCCUUAUACUCCACCCUCCCCGGCUUCUGUCAUGAUGUUACACGGAAGUUACAUUGUAUGCAGCAAAACUGCAGAAGUGGCUCUCAACUUUGUCUCAUGAUUCAAGUUCAAAAACUUGGAGCAUCUGGCCCCAUCCUCUGCUCUCCCGGGAGCUGGAGAACCGGCCCCGCCUGCCUGCUGUCUCCGCGGGGACUGGACACUACAGAGGAACUGGGACUGUCUGCUGAGUGCCUGGUGCCUCCUCAGGGGUCACGUAGAGCACGCUGAGCACCUCCUAGUUCUGCUUGGCUCUUUCCCGUGGGGUCUGCCACCAAAUGCCGGUGGGGCCACCAACUGGAUUGGCAUUUUUAACUUUUCACUGGGAUGAAACGUGUUCAUCAUUUUAAAUAAAGCACUUGAUUUGGGGUUGGGUUGUUUGCAUUGUCUUGUCCUUGUUUUCAUUCUUACUCAUCUGAAAGUCAAUAAAGUGUACUGAGUUUGUCUGCACAAUAGGACCUCUUAGAUAUACACUUGAUCUUGAACAACUCAGGGUUUAGGGGUAACAUCCCUCCCUACGCACAGUGGAAAAUUCAAGAAAAACAUAUAGUUAGCCCUCUCUAUCUGUGGUUCUGGUUUCUGCAGCCGGCCUCGGAUUGUGUAGUACCACAGUAUGCGUUUAUUGAAAAAAACCCACGUCUAAGUGGACCCAUGCACUUCAAACCCAUGUUCAAGGGUCAACUGUAUAUUUUAAAACAAGGUGGACAGGUGACAAAAAUAAGGCCCAAACACUUUGGCUGGAAGUGCCCCCUGGUCAAAAGCCAGUAGCCAAGAGAUAAACCUCACUCCACAUUUUAUAGCUGUGGGGCAUUUUUCAUCAACUGCGACUAAAAUUCCUUUUGCGUGUCCCCCCAGUACUAUGUGAUGCAGCAGGAUUU